AUGGCAUCUCUCUCGCCGACAAAACCUGAGCCCUUUUCCGUAGGAGCAACUGUUCGGGGCCAUUCGGGAAGGACCUACAAGAUUCAGCAAAUUCUUGCUGAGCGACGAGAUCCAUUACUGUGUGUUUACCAGGCGAGUGCCGAAGGGAAAAACUACAUUAUCAAAAAUAUGAUACCGGGCGAAUUUGAGCAUCAGCAAGAUUUGCAAAAGCCACUGGCCUCCUGUCCCAACCUACGCACAGUGAUGGACACUAUCCCAGACUUGGAACUAUUCGUCUAUCACUUCCUAGCCGGCGACCUCCUUCGGAUCAGCCAGAGGCCUAUGUCUGAAGAGACAAGGAGAAGUAUUCUUAGGAGUGCUCUCACUGGGCUUGCCGAGCUUCACGAUAGAGGGAUUAUCCACACUGACAUCAAACCUAACAAUAUCCUUGUCGACUACAAGGAGAUGCCUAGCGACAAUCUUGCGAUCCAAAGCGUCCAGGUCUCCGACUUGGAGGAUGCAGUGCUCCUUCCCCCAGGAAAGAAUCUCAAGGGCUGCCUUUGUGGAAACCAGCUGUGGCGGAGCCCGGAAUCUUGGGCUCGGGCAAGGCAGAACACUCCGUCUGAUAUCUUCUCAUUUGGGGUUGUAGCCAUCUACGUCAUGCUCGACGACAUGGUCCUUCGUGCAAGCGACGAAGAACUAGGCGGAGAUGAUGCCUGGCGGUAUGUCCUCCGGAGGCACAUCUCUUAUUUCGCGGAUGAAGAUGGCUUUAAGGGCCUGCUUCAGCACAUUGGGGAAGAGAAUCCGUUUUUCGAGCGCCUUAUCACCCUUGCAGGCGACUUUGAUGCACAGAGGCCAAGGAAGCCGUUCGCAAUGUGGGAUUACGUGGAUGCAGAGCUCAGGGAUCUAAUCGUGAAGAUGACAAAUCUUGAUCCAGCGAGAAGGAUCUCAGCGCGGGAGGCACUUGAGCACCCUUGGUUCCGCCAAGCCAACCUAGAGGGAGAUAGCGCAGGACCACAGUAG